AUAUUUUUAAACCGCAGAAAUAACCUGGUAACAUGAUGUAAGUAGAGAGUUUCAAGGUUUCUUUUUUCAGUCGCAGCCUAAUGCUGCAACUGGUGCAUGUUUAUUAUUUAAUUAUAAAAAAAGGCACAACAUUUCUGUUUUAAUGCGAUUUCUAAGUGGGGGGAAAACAAUGUUUUAUUCUGAAUGACAGGAAUAUAUACAUUUUCAAAUGUUUGUCAGCUCGUUUAAAAAAUAAAAUGUGUCCUCUAAAACUAGAAAAUACUAAAUUGGUAUAGUUUUAAUUUUCUGGCUAUAAAACCGUUGAUAAAAGACAUAGAAAAUUUAAUUGUGUUUUCAAAAGAUGGUUGGAGCCCAGCUUUUUAUUUUCAUUUACUUUUUUAUAUUUUUGCAGCACGAUUUCAGAACUUCUUGGCUGUAAAAUUUCAUCUGAGAUUUUCAACGCAAAAAGAUUUUAAAACGCAACCUUAAAAUGCGCUUUAAACCGUUUUCUGUUAAUAAUCCCUAAUAAUGGGAAUUUUUACUCGUUUAUGUAACAAACGUUGAUUUCGUUUUGCUCUUUUUGGGUUUAAAAUAAAAACGGGACAAAUUAAAUUAACGCUUUGUUGCAAAAAAAUAAAAAAUAAAAACCCAUUAAAUCUCGCGCUUGCCUGCAUUCGGCCACCGCCACUGUGAAUGACUCCAAACAAAGAACAAACGCACGUUUCCUCACUGGCUGCACCCUCGGUCGCUAGAGCAAAAAGGCUGUGAUCAGGAAGAAAAAAAACGAGCAUCCAGCUCAUUUACAAUUUGGACCGACCGCUCAGGAACCGGAGGGUUAAACGUCUCAUCCGCAGCCAGAAGCUUUACGCAUCGCUCCCCGGCGCGUGCCAUCUUUACACCAGUGUCCAGGCAAAGCGCUCUGAUGCACGGAAUACAAAAAUAUUAGCCUUUAAACGGAAGCAAACCUCGGAUCUGUUUAUUUUCUAUGAUUCAUUUGAAAGUAAUCGGUGCCUGAAAUGGAGCGUGUGCGCGUUUUGGUUGCCUUGGCUUGGAUGAUGAGGAGGAGGAGGAUGAGGAUGAGGAAGAAGAGGAGGUGCUUCACCCCCCUCCUGCCAGCUCUGCGUGGUCAUGACCUGUCAUCACGCUCAAUCCUUAGCCCACCUCAUCCUAUUGGUCCUGCUCAUUGUCACUCCACAGCUUGUGGGCGCCACCCCUGUGCGGGGUGAGGAGGGGGAGGGACGGGUGGAGGGGCGCACUUGGACAGACCUGAAAGAGGACAGCCUUGCCCCCUUUCUUUCGUCCCCACCCCAGAGCCUGCCAGGCGGAGACAACGCAUCGCUGGACUGGGGUCAGGCCCCGGGUCAAAAUAACCAAUUAGAUCAAUUGAGGGACCCUGGGCAGGUGCUUGCUGUGCUUUUGGAGUCCCUGGACCACCCAGGGGAUGGCAAAAUCUUUGCCAGCAGAAGGAGAGACUGGAUGGAGGACCAGAGUCAGACGCUGCCCUCCGCUGAAGGCUUGGAGGGUGGUGAGAUAAGACGAGAGCAGACAGAGGGGGAGAGGGGGAUGGAGGAGGACAAGGAGGGGCAAAUCGCUGAUAAGACUAUUGAAAAGGUAAUUUUAGGCCGUUUGGCAGCUGUUCAGGGGGAUAAAAUGAAAGAAACGGAGGAAGAGGAGGAUAAAUCUACAAGGUCAAAGGAAGAUCAACAGUGGUCCAUGAAGGAUGUUGGUCCUGAUGGUGUACAUGAGGAAGAAGAGCCGAAAGGAGACGAGCUGAGCGAGGACGAUGGUGUAGAAAAUGUCUUAGACAAAGGCAGAGCAGGGUCGGCCUCGCAGGAAGAGGAUCCCUCUUUGGAGCGGAAAAUCAGAGGCUACUUCCAGAACAUUGACUUGGGUCUCCAAGACAACGAGAUCCUGCCUCCUCUGAAGGGCUACAAGGCUUAUAACACUCAGCUGGCAAGAGCGGGAAAGAAGCAGCACUGGCAGGACAACAUGUCUCGCAACAAACCAGUCAAGGGCGGCAAUUUUAUGGAUGACUUCGAAGACGAAGGCGAGGAACUGGAGGAGGAGGUGGAGGAAGAAGAGGAGAGUCUCUCCCAUAUGGAGGAGGAGGCAAGGGCACGUGCGGAAAAGCAGGAGGUGCUCCGGCAGCAGGAGGAGGCGGAGCGAGCCAGAGAAGAGGAGCAGAGACUGGCGGACAUUGCCUCAGAUAUGCUGCUGCAGUACAUGGGCAAGAAGCAGCAGUCCUUCAUGAAGCCACGGCAGAAGAGCAGCAACGCCGCGGAGGACAAGAGAUCAGAGGAGGUCCUCCCCGACGAAGACGACCUGGACCAGCAGAUGGUCGACAGGCUGAUUGAGAUCAGCAGUAAGCUGCACCUGCCUGCAGACGAUGUCAUCGAGAUCAUCAGUGAUGUGGAAGAGAAGAAGAAGAAAAGGAAAGAGUUGCAGAAGCAACCCGUAAACAGUAAUCCGGUGGUGCCUCGCUUCAGGCCGCUGGUGCCCCCUCCUCUGGCCUCCCCACCCAUUUACCACUACACCGCCUCAAAAAACCCCAAGAAAGCUCCUUACAAGUACAACAAAUCCAACAAGAAAUGGCACAAGGACAGAGUUAAAUCAUACAAGCAGGACUACUGGUAUAAACCCCAGAAGCAGUUUUUAGCCUUCCCCUCCUAUCCCUACUACCAGAAGCCAUAUCGGGCCUACUACCCCGUUUACUUCCCCUAUCCUAAAGCGCAGUAUUACGGCAAGGCCCCCCCCUCCAGAGACCAGCCCUUCGGCCCUCAGGAACUUGAUCUCCAGGUCCCAAGACGCAGGCACAGGGGCCCGGGUAAGAACCGUGGACAAGGCUGGAGGCAGCAGCCGCCACCGCGCCUGCCUCUGUCCCCUUAUAUCUCUAACUAUAUCCUUCCUCACCCACGGACCUACCAACCUCUGCCCCCUCCCAAACAAAUAAUCACACCCAGGAGGGGCAGACGACCCCCGUUCUACUACCCACAGGCCACACCGGCAGACGACUAUGAAGAAGACGGACUGGUGCCUCAGAUGGACAGCGAGGAGGAGCUGGAAAACUUUAUUGAGAGGAUCUACAUGAAGCGCAGAAUGUAUUGAAACUCUUUUUGGACACCCAGCUCAGCGGGACUGAAGGAGGGGCAGAUUCAAUGGGGAGAAGCAAAAACAGAUGUGAAAAUAAACAACUGGAAAAUGUGUUUUCACUGAUGGAAAUUUUAAGGUUUGAUGAGUUUUAAAAAACGAGUAAGAUUUGUUGUUUUUCACUGUAACUGUGUUGAUUUUUCUCAGUCAGGGAGAGGAGGAAGAGUUGCCACUUGAACUCCCUGUAACCAUGUUCAGCCUCUUGCUCGGUUUACAUUUUACAAACAGAGUGGUGUACGUCUGCCUCCAUUCAGGUCAGUCUCUGAUGUUCUCCUGUGGUUUUCAGAGAAUGAUCGAGGGGACGCGCUCACAAACACACACACAUAGAGGCACGCAUAUGCAUCAGCACUUAUAUGACAUCAUGUUUUUACACCUUCCCAUGCUCAUUGCAUAAGGACUACAAUUACGACCCCACUUUGUAUCUUCUGUUUUGUAUUUCGUACGGCACAAAGACAAAAAAACAAAAACUGUUCAAUGUCUUCUUGGCGAUACAAAACCUGCUGUUGUCAAGUGUUGACGGUAUGUUUUUGUGUUUGAUGUGUUGAUGCUUUACUUAUGCCAGAUUGGAUCAACUAGGCAGUUCUAAUGCACAAAUGUCAGUUUUUUGCUCCAAACUCAAGAUUUAGAUUUUCUGCCUUAUGAGCGUAACGAUUCUACACUGUAGAAAAUAGUGUUCAAUUAACUUUACCAAGUUAUGUCAACUAGUUUCACGACACCUACUUACUUAAAUAUAAAGAGUACUAUAUAUUGCAUUACCCUUUAUAUUUAAUUGACCAGCUCCAGUGAACCAGUUUAAAUAACUUGGUUAGGUAAGUUCAACAUAUUCUUUCUUACAGUGUAUAAGGGAAUUUUGACAUUGCAUAUUAAUUAUGUCACACGUGGUCCUGAUGCGGAAACCCUGCGGGCUCCAAAAGCACAAACUUUAACACAAAACACUUCCAAACCUGGUGGACCAAGGGUUUUCAAUCAUUUUUGGGAUCCAGGACCUUUUGUGUGCAUACAUUUUUUAGGGCAGAUCCAGCAUGAUCGAAAAAAUCAUCCCAACCACACGAUACAACUCAACGUUUCUUUUCUCCCAUCUUAAACCCAAUUUGAUUUUUUUACCUCACACAUUCAUGUCAUUUUCCUCCACCCCCUUAAAGAUACAUAAAAAUACUUGAAAUCUCACUGUGUUCUGCAGCCUUUCAAAAACAGAUUUUCACCAAGAGGCUACAAGCAUUUUGUUUCAUUUUCAGAAGAAUUUCACUGAAAAGCUUCAGGCCGUGGGAGUCAGGGAUUGUGCGUAAGCCGUUAAAAUGCACGUCUUUCUACUUGCAUCUUAAAAAAUGAACAAAAAAAAAGAACAAAAAAAGAGAAAAAAUAAAACAGUAUGGAGAACUCAAAAUAGUUGUUUUCUCUGAAUAAACUGUGAAGAAAAAAAAUCAAAGGAAGAAGGCCACUGUAUGUACAGUGAAGCCAUCUGUCUUGUAAAAAGGAGAGUGUUGUUGUUGAUGUCACCUUUAGCAUUGUAAGAUGUACAGUGUCAAAUAAAUAUGCCUGUGCAAUGUGUAAAUAACAGCAUGAUGAUUACUAGUUUUGCUAUAUGAUCAAAAAUAAAAGCAAAUAUUUUAUUAAA